AUAUUAAUUUUCUUCUCUAUUUCUAAUUUCAGUUGCACUCCACUUUUUCCUUAAGCUUUUUCCUCCUUUAUUCUCUCCUCCAAUCUUCGAAUUCCUCUUUCAAUAUAGAAAAAUCAUUCCCUCAGCACAGUUUCUUGUUCCGGAAACAAUCCAUUUUUCUUCAAUCAUGCGCUUCAGGAUGAAAGGGGCCCAACUCAGAUUAAAAUUAAAGGGUAAAGAGUUGCCUCUUGUGCUCAUUUUUCUCGUGUGUACAACCAUUCUUUUCUGGGCAUGGGACAAAAAUCCGCUUCUAACGUCAUUGCUACCACCUAAAAGUCAGUUGUUUCAACUCUCUCCAGAUGUUAUAAUGAUGCCAUCAGAAGAAAGAACACAUCUGACCAAAAAUACUAGCGAUUUUCCACUGAAAGAUGCCAUAUUCAAGGAGGCAAACCACUUGGAUGAAGUGACUCCAGAGGAUCCUCCAAAAGGCUCUUCUUAUUUAGUACCAGUUCCUAGUAAGAAGGUGUUUCUGGAUCCUGAAGCUAAACCUCCCUUACGCCCUGUAUCCCCUCUGGUUGUAGCAGAACAGGAAGCAAAACAUAAACAUGGUCUGGAAGAUGUAAAAAAUGGCAGUGCUGAAAGUGAAUUGAGUCUGAAAGACAAAGAAGUAACAGACAGGAUAAUCUUUGAAGAGAGUAAUUCGAAAAAAGAAGACAAAAGGGUUGAGAAUCCAGCCUGUAACUAUGCCAACGGAAAAUGGGUUGUAGAUGAUAGACGACCUUUAUAUUCUGGGUCUAAAUGCAAACAAUGGUUAGCGCCAAUGUGGGCUUGCCGAUUGAUGCAGCGUCAAGAUUUUGCUUUUGAAAAGCUGAGGUGGCAACCAAGAGAUUGUCAAAUGGAAGAAUUUGAAGGUUCUAAGUUCUUGGAAAGGAUGCAAGAUAAAACUCUGGCUUUUGUUGGUGAUUCAUUGGGUAGACAGCAGUUCCUGUCUCUAAUGUGCAUGAUCACAGGUGGUAAGAAGAGGACUGAUGUCAGAGAUGUGGGACAAGAGUAUGGUUUUAUCAUAGGACCUGGUAGUAAACGUCCUAAUGGGUGGGCUUAUCGUUUUCCAAGCACCAAUACUACUAUCCUCUUCUACUGGUCUUCCUGCCUUUGUGAUUUGGAGCCUCUUAAUGUUACUGACCCACUCACUGAAUAUGCCAUGCAUCUUGAUCGACCCCCAGCAUUUUUACACCAAUUUCUUCACAAAAUUGAUGUCCUGGUUCUCAACACAGGACACCAUUGGAAUCGAGGGAAACUUAGAGGUAACCGGUGGGUCAUGUAUGUUGGGGGAGUUCCCAACACCAAUAAAAAGGUAGCAGGUAUGGGAGGUGCCAAGAACUUCACAGUUCACAGUACUGUUAAGUGGGUAAACUCGCAGCUACCAAAACAUCCACGCUUGAAAGCCUUCUACCGUAGCAUUUCUCCUAGGCACUUUAUGAAUGGGGACUGGAACACUGGAGGCAGCUGUGACAGCACGACUCCCAUGUCUAUAGGAAAAGAAGUACUACAAGAAGAAUCUAGCGAUUAUGUUGCCGCUAGUGCAGUUAGGGGGACAGGGGUUAAUCUUCUGGACGUAACAGCACUAUCACAGGUGAGAGAUGAGGGGCAUAUAUCUCGAUUCAGUAUUACAGCCACACCAGGAGUCCAAGAUUGCUUGCAUUGGUGUUUGCCUGGUGUUCCAGACACUUGGAAUGAACUCCUUUUUGCACAGAUUUAGUCCUUUCUGGUGCAGAAUGAAGAGUUCUUGCAGCGCACACACCCUGAGAUGUGAAAGCGCAGCCUUUUCCCUGUAGGUGCACUCCGUGAUGACACUUUUUAUAGGGUGCAAUACUAUGGAGAAGAUGUCCACGUUAUAACCAUAUGAUUAUCGGGGGUUCUUGUAGCGUCUGACCACAUGAAUUUCCGUGGCCAUCAUAUUUGGUUUGUAGAUUUUGUAGCUUAGCUAGCCAUAAUUUUCCUUCCCUGCUUUCUGGUGUUACUCUUCGGCUGAAGGAAGCUCCAAAUAGGAAUUGGUCUGAUACUUAGCUCCCAUGGAACCUCCUCAGAUGGGUGAUUCUUAUAUACAGAGGGAAGAACAUCGAAGAAUGCUGGAGGAAAAAAAUUAUACGAGGAAUGGCGAUGAAAGUUAGACUUUUCUUAAGGAUAUGGAAUUUCAUAAUUAUUCUUUUCUAAUCACUAACUAUACCAAUCAUGAUUUUAUUCUAUCAGAUACUGCAUCUUUUGCAGCUCCUCUUCUUCUUUUUUUUUUUUUUGGGCGUGUUUUGGAGACGUUAAAAUUUUCAUCCAGUCAUUCAACCCGAUUGGUAGGCAGGCCCAGGAGGACAAGUCUCUCUCAACUCCAGCAACUUGGAACCCAUCCCUCUACUUUCACUUGCAUAUCUGACCACAUUUGUUUGUUUGUUUGUUUGAAUUUUUUUUUUUCCAUAAAAACUUAUACAAAAAUGUGAUGUGCAGUUCGCCUGUAUAUAAUCAUUAAAGAGGAGCAUGACUUUUAAUAUUAAGGUGACUCUUCUUUUAUUGAGUAUUGUAAAAUAUGUGAUCUACAC